CACAAAUAAUAAGAAUGAGGCUCCCAAGGAUUCUGAAGCGGCGCAGGCAGGUGAUAGCUCCGAAGAAGAGGAUUACGAAGACAUUGAUGAAGACGACGACGAUGAUGAGCAAAUGGAUGAGGGAGAGGAGCCCACCACAUGUCUUUUUUGCGAGGAGGUCUUUCCAUUAAUAGCCACUGCCAUCGAUCACCUCGAUGCGCGGCACAAAGUGAACCUGUCUCAGCUUCAAAAGAAGUUCCACAUGGAUCAGUAUUCCUUCAUCAAGCUCGUAAACUGCAUAAGGGCCAACAAGAUUAGUGCUGAAACUUUACUAUCGACUGAACAGACCUUUUGGGAAGAUGAGAAGUAUCUAAAGCCAAAGGAGUACGAGCCAUGGCUUUGCUAUGACUACGAUGUGCUUAAGACAGACGGCGCUGAGGCUCAACCAUCGGUGGCCGAACUUCUCCAGCAAAUCGCCGAACAAUCCAAACUUCUGCAACAAGCAAACGAGGAUAUGGAGCGUAUGCGUAGCGACUACAAGGAACUGCUGCAGAAGGUUCAUGAGGGAAAAGAUUCCAAGUCAUCUGGCGAAAUAGUGCCGCGAAAUAAUCCAAACUUUGACAAGGAGUACUUCAAUAGUUAUUCGCAUUUCGGAAUACACCACGAGAUGUUGAGUGACAAGGUACGGACCAGUACGUAUCGCUCGGCUCUUUUGGAGAACAAGUCUGUGGUGAGCGGCAAGGCAGUACUAGACGUCGGCUGUGGUACGGGAAUCCUGUCUAUUUUUGCCUCCCAGGCGGGUGCUGCACGGGUGGUGGGAAUUGACAACUCGGACAUUGUUUAUACUGCGAUGGACAUUGUUAGAAAAAACAAGGUGCAGAAUGUGCAACUAGUGAAGGGCCGGUUGGAGGACACUGAUCUUCCAGAGGCCAAGUACGACAUCAUCAUCUCCGAAUGGAUGGGUUACUUUUUGCUGUACGAGUCUAUGUUGGACAGCAUUAUCUACGCCCGCGAACAUCACCUUAACCCCAAUGGCGUGAUCCUACCCAGCCGUUGCACUCUUAGCAUUUUGGGCUACGGCAACGACACCUUGUACGCCGAGCAGGUUGAAUUUUGGUCAGAUGUGUACAAUGUAAACAUGGUUGAUCUGCAAAAGAAGUCCAUUGAAGAGCCGCUCAUGGAGGUGGUGGAUGCCCAGUUUAUGCUCACAGAACCAGAACAGAUAGCUAACUUUGACAUGAUGACUGUCGACUUGAAUUAUCCCAAUUUUACUCACCAUUUUAAUUUAAAAGUAACCAAAUCCGACCGUCUCACAGCCUUUGUGGGCUAUUUUGACACCUUCUUCGACAUGCCCGCUGCAGUUAUGUUUAGCACAUCGCCCACUGAGACCCCGACACAUUGGAAGCAAACCAUCUUUUUCUUAGAACACCCGAAGGACGUGAAAGAAGGUGAAGUUAUCAGUGGGAAGAUUGUCUCACGGAGGCACAAGGAGGACAUAAGAGCACUCAAUGUAGAGAUAGAGGUGUUUGGAAGAAAACAAAAGUACAUGGUGGUCUGAUGAGACUCUUGAUCCACAGACUCGAGUCAACUACUACUUUUAAUUCUAUUAUUUUUAGAAUGUAAAAUAUUUUUAUCUUCAGGCAAUGCU